AUGUCUGCAAAUAAUUCUGACAUCUCGGCACGGAGAACGUCUGGUUCCUCAACUCGCUCUGGUGCCCCUUCUCCGUCCACUACACCUACUCACGCUCAUUCUCAGCGAAAACCUGUUUCUGCUGGCAGUAUGCUAGGCGUCGGCAUGGCUUCCACAAAUGGUCUCAGAGCGCUCAACUCGGGCUGGCAGGUGUGGGGAAGUUCCCCCACUUCCACCCGAAAUGCCUCAACAUCGUCUGCGGCCAGCAUGCCAGACUCAUCAGCCUCCCAAGCCGAAUCGAGUCACCGUUCCAAUUUGGGCGACGCUUGGAGUUCGAGGGCCACCGGCACUACCUGGGAUGAAAUGAUGGAUAGCCCCCAGAAAGAUGUAUCUCAGUUGGAUACUUACGCCAUGUUAUCGUUCUCCCAGGGGAGAUCAAGGCAUGUCUCUGCAGGCGCUGCGCUCUCUACACCAACGAAGCAGGGCCAAUUUUCGCCGCAGCGUUUUAGCGCUGGCCUGGGCAGAGAUUCCCCGAACACUUCGCGAUACACACCUUCAUCCACAACAAAGCCUGCGCUCUAUGGCACAACGUCGCCCUAUACAGGGCAAAAGUCUCUGUUACAGAAUGAUGCUGAAGGUACACAGUACGCCUCCCUACAGCCUUCGUCCUUUGUUGAAGACGACUUGUCUAUGGCGCUUCGCGGCAUGGUAGUAGCGGAUGACUACAGCCUCGGACAGCAGCCGCAGGUGUACCGUACCGAUGUGGCAGGCAACCUUCACCCGACAACCGCCUCUCAAGCAACACAGUCUACCCUACCUCAAAUUCGUGCCCCUCCUCAACCUCAGCAGCCUAGGCCACCUUAUAGCGGAUACCCUCAGACCGAUUAUACCGCCUUUUAUAACAAUAGCUCGGGACGUGUUGAUUAUGCAUACCCUUAUGACGCGUUUCGCGCGUCUUCUGAUCCGUCACUUUACGCCCCCUCCCCUGCGUUAAGCGCUACUGCAACUCCUAGUGUCUAUCCUGGAAUGCCCUCACAGCCGCUGCAUCCUCAUGCUGUUGCGGAUAUUCAUGGGCCGCAGUCGGGAGUAUAUUAUGACUACUCUGGCUCUCCACGCCCUAUGGGAUCGCAGUACUAUUAUCCGACACAACCACUAGUGUAUCAUCCGCCUCCUUCACAUUCUCCCAUGGAUAAGAAGCGUGACCUCCAGUACAAUAUGCAGCAUCCUCAUCAGCCUAACGUUAUGUUCCCCAAUGUCCGGGCGACACCUUCUCCACAUCCACAAGCAUUCCAUGGAACCGUCGAUUAUCAGCAUCCUCUUAUGGUUCCGGGCGGAACCAUCUACGGUCACGCCGGGAUGGGCCCUCUGCCGAUGCAUGCGUACCACCAUGGUGGGAGAGGGAACCGCCGCGGCGAUGUCCGGACUGAUCAUCGUGUUGCCAUUCGCAGCCCACUUCUCGAUGAUUUUCGCGCGAAUAAGACGCGUAAGUGGGAGCUCAAGGACAUAUAUGGGUACAUCGUUGAGUUCAGCGGUGAUCAGCAUGGCUCGCGUUUCAUACAACAGAAGCUAGAGACCGCUACUGCCGAUGAGAGGCAGGUCAUAUUUGAUGAGAUUGUACCACAUAACGUGUUGCAGCUCAUUCAAGAUGUGUUUGGGAACUAUGUCAUCCAGAAGUUGUUUGAGCACGGUACACAGGUGCAAAAAACAAUCCUGGCCAACGCGAUGGAAAGCCACGUGCUGCCGCUAUCGCUCCAAAUGUAUGGCUGUCGUGUAGUCCAGAAGGCGGUCGAGCACGUUCUACCGGAGCAACAGAGUAACUUUGUUAAAGAACUGGAUGCCAGCGUCCUCCGAUGCGUAAAGGACGCGAACGGCAACCAUGUGAUUCAGAAGCUUAUAGAACGCGUGCCGCCAGAACGUCUGAUGUUCAUCAAGGCAUUCAAAGGCAACGUGUACGAUCUUGCCACGCACCCGUACGGAUGUCGGGUGUUGCAGCGAUGCUUUGAACAUCUGCCAGAUGAAUAUACUCGUCCUCUCUUGGACGAGCUACACAAGCAUGUAACACAUCUCAUGCAGGAUCAGUUCGGCAACUACGUAGUUCAAUUCGUGUUGGAGCAUGGCAAGGCGCAAGACCGCGCGGUGGUCAUCACAAAACUGCGAGGGCAGAUGCUUCACAUGGCGCGCCACAAGUUCGCAUCGAACGUCGUUGAGAAGGCGUUGAUCACAGCUGACUUGGAGAAUCGACGUGCCCUCAUUGACGAGAUUAUGGCAGGCAAGCCGGACGGUAUUAGUCCGAUCUUGACCAUGAUGAAAGACCAAUUUGCCAACUACGUCCUGCAACGAGCUCUGUCAGUCGUUGAGGGAGAGCAACGGGAGGCACUCGUCAGUAAAGUCAGGCCCCAAUUAGCUAAUAUGCGCAGAUACUCGAGUGCGUAUAGUAAACACCUUGUGGCCAUCGAACGUCUUCUGGAGAAGGCUGCGCCCACACAGGGAGAUACAAGCUUCAUGGAAGGCACUGCAACUGCCACAAGAUCAGACGCGUUGACAACAAAAUCAUCAUAA